ACGCAGAUAGCUUGUUCGAAAAAUAUAAAUUGUUACUAUUUCUGUGGUGUUAGAAUUUGUUUUGUUUAAUUUACAGGUUGACAGAUACAUAAAUAUUUAUAUUUUUAAAUUAUUGGCAUUUAUAGUGCCAGCUUCCUUAUAAUUUUUUCUUUCAAUCUUUGAAGAGUUUGAUGAAUUAUGUAAAAUGGAUUACAAUUCUGAAGAUUCAUAUGACAAUAUUCCUUUGGAACCCAUGAUUUUGAUAAAUGAUGGUGAACAGGAAAAUGAUGAUGGAGUUACAGAAACAGAUGAAAAAAGUAACUCUGCAUUAACUGAGUCUAAUGGUCCUGAUAUUUCAAUCAUUCCAAUAAAAAGAAAGAAGCCCCUUUUUAAGAUAAAAUUAUUUGACAGAAAACCAGGAAUAAAAAGGAAAAAUUCAUACUCUGAUGAUGAAAUAUCAUUUAAUGAACAAAGCUCUGUGAGAAGGAGAUCAAGGGAUGUUAGAAUUGUGUCCAAAGAGGAAGCUGCAGAGCAUGCUUCAGAGCCUUAUCAAAAACGAAAAUCUUUACCAUUGGAGAAAUGUCCUAUAUGCAAAAAAUUCUUCAGAAGAAUGGCUACUCACCUUUUGAAACACGAAUAUGUAGAUCCUAAUGCGGAAGACAAUGGCUUGGUUUGCAAUUUUUGCAACAAAGCUUUCAACACACAAAGUAAUCUUCUAAUACAUCUUCGAACUCACACGGGUUUGAGACCAUAUGUCUGUGAAAUAUGCAGCAAAGGAUUUUCUCAGUCAUGCAAUUUAGUCAAUCAUAUGAGGAUACACAGUGGGGAAAGGCCAUACAAAUGUCCACAUUGCGAUAAGGCUUUCACACAGUCUGGUAACUUGAACAACCAUAUAAGACUGCAUACAAAUGAAAAACCUUUCAAGUGUCAUUUUUGCGACAAGGCGUUCGUACAAUCAGGUAAUUUGAAUUCUCACAUAAAAAAUAAUCACAGAUUUGGGGCUCGGGUUGUUGUCCCUGAUACAGAGCCAAGUUUAUCGGAAUCGAUUUUGAACCACACUAUUUGAAAUAGUUUUUAUUGAAGAUUUAUAUGAAAUUGAUUGUUUUCUCAAAUAACCAAAUGAGUGUAGAGGAAAUUGCAAUGCAUAUUUUUAAUAAUUCACUAUGUUUUCAAAGUAAGAGUCGCAAAGACUACAGAUCUAAAUAAAAUGAGGAAUCGUUAUUGUAGAUUUUAAAAUUCAAUUUGAAAUGAAAAAUUUAAGAGAAUCAUCAUAUUUUAAUAUGACAGAACUGCAAAUACUACUUGAAAUAUUGUGCCAUUUUGAUUAAUAAUUUCUGAAAAGUGAACAGCCCGAAAAGUAUAUAUUUUUUUGUUGGUUUGAAUUAGUCUUCCAGCUCAAACUUAAUAUAUAUCUUUGCAAUACAACUUGUUCAUUUUCUAUUAUCAAUCAAUGACUGCAUCUCAUAUCAAGCAAGUAUUUAUUUUCUUCCUUUUUAAUUAAAAAGACUGCUUUUUUCGCUUUCUGCCUUCUUUUAGACAGGUAAGUUAUGUGACAUCUACUGAUCUUGUAUUAUUUAUUUAGGAUCUCGUGAUAUCUAAUAAACUCAUGUAUUGAAUGAGACUUGGAUCUGAAUGAUAUCCGUUUUAUUUUAGUUGCUUAAGAAAAAAGAUGUCUCACAAUGAGAAAAUCAUUAUAUUGAAUAUUUUUUUUAUGAAUAGUAUCUGAUGUAUAAUUUUUUCAUAAAAAUAAAGAUUGUAAGCGGAAUAUUAUUUAUUGUAAUCAGUAGUUUUGUACAAUAUGUAUUUGAUAUCGAAAAAUCAAUAAAAAUUUAUUUAUACGAAA